GAGUCCCGGCACACGGGCCGCGCGGCACGGCUGGCCGUAGUCGAGACAAGCCGGCGUCGGCGCCGCACAGCCACGUCGGCCGCAGUUCGAGCAGCGUGCGCUCCCCGGGGUUCAGGCCCGUCAACGUUCAAGUGUUCGGCGGCGACGACAACGUGCUCGACGCCAGUUGUUUCUUCUCCGUCGGGGAUUCGCUUCGUCGCUGCGCCUUCAUGCUGCGCCUUCGGAGAAGCUGAGGAGUCAUGCGGAGUGCCGGAACUGCCCUUGAUUUUCUGGCUGCGUUCGGCUUCUUUCUGCUCAUUCUGACACUACCGGGCCAUGGGCUGGAAGCCAGCCACAACUACAUGUCGAGCAUGGAGAGAGAGGACGACGGGUCCCCGAGCACGGAGUGGACGUCGCCGGAGACGCAGACCACGGAGCCGCCAUCUGUGGCGAGCAUGCCCAGACUGGCCUUCUUGGACAAGAUCCUUGAACAGUACGACAAGAGGGCUUGGCCCACCUAUGGCCUCGGGAUGCCAACCUAUGUCAAGGUGAACAUAUACGUCAACAGCAUCGGGCCCAUCAACGCUAACAACAUGGAGUACGGGAUGGACAUCUACCUGCGGCAGUCGUGGCGCGACCGGCGCCUCAACCUAAGCCAGCACGGCGUGAGCAGCACGGUGACCAUCAACGGCGAGGACAUCAUGUCCAAGAUCUGGAAGCCGGACCUGUUCUUUCGCAACGUGAAGGACGCCAAGUUCCACCACGUGACCGUGCUCAACAAGCUGGUUAAGAUCGGCCCCGACGGAGAGGUGCUCUUCAGCAUGCGGCUCACACUCCGGCUCGCCUGCUUCAUGUCCUUCAGGCACUUCCCGUUGGACACGCAGCGCUGCCACAUCCUGCUCGGGCCGUAUGCUCAAACGAUAGACCAAACUGCGAUUUCCUGGCAAGAUAAGGACCCGAUUGUCAUCGAGCAUCCUAUUGAAAUGCCAGAAUUCGAUUUGGUUCAUCACUCAUACGGUCAAUUCAACAGAGCCAUCGACACAGGGGUGUUCAGCUUCCUGAACGUAACGUUCACGCUGGAGCGCCAGAACGGCUACCACCUGAUCCAAACGUACUUGCCCACGUUCCUGAUCGUGAUGAUCUCGUGGGUGUCCUUCUGGCUCAACGUGGACGCCACGCCGGCCCGCGUCACCCUCGGCGUCACCACCCUGCUCACCAUGACCACCGUGGCGUCCGGCGUGCGCACCCAACUUCCCCCGGUCUCUUACGUCAAGGCCAUCGACGUCUGGAUCGGCGCCUGCUCCGUCAUGGUCUUCGGCGCCCUGCUCGAGUUCACCCUCGUCAACUACCUCUCGCGCAGCAAGAUGCGGCCUGAGGAGUUCCGAAAGUCCAUCAACAUCUUCCACCGCAACCGCAAGGGCACCGAAAAGCAGGACGCGGACGAAGCCGAUCACAAGUACUCCGGUCGCGCAAACGCGGAGCUGCAGAAGAACCUCAAGCGUUCCCAGAACGUGGACAAGGUCUGCAGAAUCAUGUUUCCCUUCAUGUUCUUUGUCUUCAACGUGAUCUACUGGGCGUACUACCUCUACAAAAGCGAAUUCACCUGAGGGGACCGGCGCUACACCCAGGACUGCGAGAGUGCUGGUGGUCGGACCAAGGACGUCGAGGAUCUUCAGCAAGCGCAAGACCAUCUAAAUUGACCUAUGGACAUGUCGUGACAGGGUGGCCUCGACGAGAACUGGGACUUGACGAAAAUAAUCUUUGUUAUCCUUGUGCUUCGACUCGGGUGUCCGUGUUGAACAGAGAGCCCUGUCAUAGUCAUUCACAGUUUAAAACUCGCAGGGUAUGAUCAACUUCCAUCAUUUCAUUAUCUCUGUUACAGGUCUGUCUCACCUCCCCACCUGAUAUGCGGCACAAUAGAAGUCAAUAUGCGGUAUUUACUGGGCGCCAUAUUGACUCCCAUUUAACGUCGUCAACAACAGCGAUCCCGGUUGGGCAGAAUACACGUUUAUACACGUUCAGCGUGCAUUCCACCCAAUAAAGACGCUGUUCUUGGCAGGCGAUAAAUAAGAGCUAGCUAUAAAUACGCGAUGAGGGCAACACGCUCAAAUGUGGCGUCCCGUGAAUUCCACCAAUCGCAAAGCCAAAAUGGGGGACGUAAUGUUCUGAGCUCUUUCAAUCGAUUGGGAGACUAAACAGCAGAAUAUUUUGUUAGACUUUUACUGCCGAGCGACCUUAAAGAGAUAAUCUGAUAUAAAAUUGGAAUCAAAUUUAUUUUUAACUACGUUAGAGUAGUCUUUCUUUAACAAACGCCUCUUUUUAGCUGAGCGUGUUCUCGUAGGACAAACAUUUUAAAUAUCUGUUCUGAAGAGCGACGUAGAAGUUGCAGCGGAUAGCAGCCAGAAAUGACCCGAACUGAAAUGAAGGAUGUAUGGCACUCUUUGAAGCAACAGCUCAUCACCCUGCAUAUCAUCAAAGUUAUGCUGUUUUUAUAGACCCACAAGGCCUCAAAUAAAACGCGUCUUGGCCUAUGAAGAAACAGGAAAAGAAAAAAAGAAUCAUAGGUCAACAUGCCGUUGACCUAUGAACAUGUGAACUCUGCAGAAACGAUUUGAUUCUAGAUUCAAAGAUUCAAUUCUGGUUUCUGUGCUUUUAUUUUUGCUUGAAUAGAGAGAUGAAAAAAGAGUAAGAGAUUUGAUAGUUAAAGUAAAGCUACGAACCCAUGGGCCAGAAAAGAUUCAUAAAAUCGUCAAAGGGGGAGAAUGCAAUACCGCAGCCUAAAGACCGGAAGCACUCGUAUUUGAACGCUGUCACCUUUAUUUAAAGAUGUUCGAGCUCGUAUAGAUUGGAGAUAGAGAAACAUUUCUGUCUAGUGUAUGUGCACUGUCAGUAGACUUUACGUCCUUUCCCCAGGGGACCUCUACCAGACAGAUGGGACCAAAUGUGGCAUUUGGUCUUAAAAAUUACGACAUCGCGCAUCACCCUUUUCCACGUCGUUUUAUGUCGACAGCUCAGCUGUAGUGGGUUACCCCUCGACUACUUGGUAUAGUUAGGGACGGUCUAAGAAACGCAAGACGUGGCGAACGCCGAGCAUUAUAUUAUCGCUCAGCAGCCAGUGAACACAGAAGCACGACCCACGGAGCAAGAAGCACGAACACCAUAAGCCACGUCCUGCGUUUCUUGAGUCGCCGGCGACUACUGUGGAAGCAAUCGGGAAGGACUACCGCAGAAAACACGAUAAGAGAAACUUCGUCCGUGUCCCAUAUUGCAUUUACAUGGUGGUUGAUGGUGGGGAAGACGAGAGUGCCGCAAGCCACCUCGCGCCAUCCUUCGAUGCUCUUUCGUCGCUGUUUGUUCAAUUGUUCCUCAGUCAUGUACACAAAAAAGGAAUCGAUCUCACUAAUCGAAGAUCAGAGUUUCCCGCUGACUUUCGGGGUGUGUGGACGCCCAAUCUGUGAUUCGGGACGCGCGGUGCGAUCCAAGUGUAAUGUUUAGAGACAAACUAACGUUCGUCUGCAAAGGCGAAGCGCGUGAUUCAGGCGCGAAGACGGUGGGACGCGCCUAUGCCGCUAAUCAAGAUCAGCAUCACGAUCUCAGCCCGCACCACCGCGACGUCGCGAUUGGCGCAGUUGAGCGCAACCCUCCGUGCGGCGAGCACAGGGCAGUUUCAACUGGAACCUCGUCCGUCUGUCGGUGUUUUUGAAUCGGAUCAUGGGUCUUGUUCCUUCUGUAACGAAUUUGCGUAUGACGUGUGAGUAUUUUUACCCGGUAACGUUUUCUAAAGUAUCGUAAGAUCUCUGCGUCUGGCGUACCUGUAACGUCGUACGCGUGCACGUGGAACAUGCCUCGCGCACUUUUUGUGGAUGUAGAACCGAGUGUCUGUGCUUGUGACUUUCGAUUGAGGCUGUGUCAGUGAGUCAUCCCAUCUUCUCGUAAAACGCAGAACUAGGAAGGUUACUCGGAAAGUGUCGCGUCAUACGCACCUGUAUAGACAGGAAUAAGUGCACUAAUAGUCGUCGUCUCUUGUUUUGCGAGUUUAUUAACCAAGAUAUCACCGAAAUUUAAGAACGUCAAAAAAGAAAUACUUUCGGAAUUAAAAGCAUAAAUGUAGUCAAUUGACUAACCAUUAUAAAACAAGGCUCUUAUGUCUUUAAGGCUGAGGUUCAAACAUGAUAAAUUGCCUCGAUAUUCUUUUUUUAUUAUUAUUGAUUUCUUCUUAUUUUGUAUUAUGUGGCCUAGCACGCAUAUCACUGACAAAUAUGGGCUUUGGCCCAUAAAGUUGGUUCACGGAUUAGUCAAAUAAGCCAUCCGGCACGUUGCGACACUAAUAUAGUCGGUAAAAGCACGGCACAUAGCCCUGAUGAUGAUCGCCGUCACAAAUGGCACUGGAUCACGACUGGACAGUGGGUUCGCGACGCAACUGAAGAAUAGCUAUCGCUGCUCAAUUUUCUUUCGUUCAAUUUUGUUUUUCUUUCAUUUUUUUUUUUCGGCUGAAGAUGGAGCGAAGAGCUUGUUCGUGGUUUUGUGCGUCAUAAAAACCAUUAUUUUACUUUACUAUAUAUAUAGUAUAUAUGCAACAAAACUUUGCAUUAAAUACUGUUUCCAUGUUGUUGUUGCAGUCACUGACAUGAUAAGAAUGGCAGGUCGUCAUUUUCGGACGCUCCCCCAGCGGCUGCCCGUCGCCUUCCGCCGUGCACUGCAUGCUCGUGCACGCUUGAAAUCUUAUCGGAGGAAGGAGGCUCACUCUGGAAGCGGGACAACUGAAAGAACUCCCCACCCUUCCCAUCCUGUCAGUGACUAAAAAAAGAGGAGAGGGGGUCCUUUAUUUUCAAAGAUCGAUUCAGUACAGCGGAACAUUCUUUUUUUUUUACAUAUAUAUAGGGCUACACUCUCCAACUGGCAGUCACUCACGUGAACUGCGUAAACGACCUGAUGUCACUGAUUUCGCUCCGUUAGGACUCGACGCGUGUCUAGCCUCAACUUUGAAGUCGUACUUCGAUCAAAUUGCGGACAUUGAACCGUUCGCUUCUUUUUCGCCCUUGGGCGCACGCGGUGCAUUCUGUAAUCACGUGACUGCGGACCUCCAUAGAAGCUAUGAGGUACUAUUUACAACCAUUGUAGUCACCAGAGAGCUUAAGGAACGCUGGACGUGGCUCAUUGUGUUCAGACUUCUUGCUUCGUGAUAGGUUCUUCAGCUUCCUUGUCGUCUAAUGCGACAAUUUGAUUGGCUGCUGAGCGAUAAUUAGAUGCUCGAUACACGUCACGCUCCACGUUUCUGAAGCACUCGAUGACUCUGAGUGGAAACCAAGUCGAGAAAAAAAAAAGGAGCACCCGCUCUUUCGUGGCCAGAUUCGUGCGAGUCCUAGAAUUGUGAAACCAACAACAACAACGGGAACAAAUCAUUACGCUUUAUGUCUGGCCGCCUUCAACCUAAAUUGAAUUUGAAAUCUUAAAGCUUAAGUUUAACGAGUAAGCGGCAUUAGUAAAAACAAUAUAUGUACAUUUCGCUCAGACUCCCACAUUUAACAACUUUCGGGGUUAGGACAGAGCGUUACUUUAUUCCUCUUUACUUCACUGUUACUUACGCAGCGUUGUUUUUGUUACCGUUGAUGCGUUUUGUUCCAGUCCAGCGCAUUGGCACGGUUUAUUCAUCUUCACACGCUCGACCGUUUUGUUUUAAGUGUUUUAUUAAAGAAAUGUUUUACUUUU